AUGGAGGCAGCGAGGAAUGUCGUUGACAAAGUCAAUGACCGAAUGAGUGGUUCAGUCGUAGGGCGAAUAUUUCGACUUGAGGGCUCGGGACACGAUAAGGAGAUUGCGAACACAAAAUUUACUACUGAGCUCCGCGCCGGACUCACCACCUUCUUCACCAUGGCAUACAUCAUAGCCGUCAACGCAACCAUACUGUCAGAUACAGGCGGCAACUGCGUAUGUGACAGCGUUUCGAAGGCCAGGUGCGAACUCACCGCCGAUUAUGCCAUCUGUAAACAAGAUCUGAAACGUUCCUUUAUAACCGCAACCGCCGCGGUCGCCGGUUUCAGUUCUUUCCUCUUCGGUCUCCUAACCAACAUGCCCGUCUGUCUAGCACCUGGCAUGGGCCUCAACGCUUACUUUGCGUAUCAAAUCGUUGGGUCAAAUGGUACGGGGUCGAUUACGUACAAUCUUGCACUGACAGCGGUGUUCAUCGAGGGCUUCGUGUUUAUCGCGUUGUCGUUGAUCGGGAUGCGUCAGUGGCUUGUAAAAGUCAUCCCCGUGUCGUUGAAACUUGCCAGUGCCUGCGGUAUAGGGCUUUUCCUGGCGGAAAAUGGGCUCAGCUAUUCUGCGGGGAUUGGCGCUAUUACUGGGUCCAAGGAUACGCCACUGCAGAUUGCGGGUUGUCCGGUUCAGUAUCAGGAUGAGAAUGGGGUUUGUACAAGUCACAAGAUGACUUCGCCUACGAUGUGGAUCGGCAUCAUGUGCGGAGGCAUAUUCACAGCCUACCUAAUGGCCUACAAAGUCAAAAGCGCCAUGAUCGUCGGCAUCGCCCUCGUCUCCAUCCUGUCCUGGCCCCGCAGCACCUCCUUCACCUACUUUCCAAACACCUCCGAAGGCAAUGACCGCUUCGACUACUUCCGCAAAGUCGUAACCUUCCACCCCAUCAACCACACCCUCAACACCCUCGACUGGAACGUCUCCCGCGCACCCUCGCAAUUCGUCCUCGCCCUCUUCACCUUCCUCUACGUAGACAUCAUCGACUGCACCGCCACGCUCUACAGCAUGGCGCGUUUCUCCGGCGUCGUGGAUCCCGACACGGGAGACUUCCCCCGCUCAACCCUGGCGUAUUGCACGGAUGCGCUCUGUAUUUCCAUCGGGGCCCUGCUAGGCUGUUCGCCCGUCACCGCAUUCAUCGAGUCCGGCGCUGGGAUCGCCGAGGGUGGGAAGACGGGGCUUACGGCCAUGACGGCGGGCACGUGUUUCUUGAUUUCCAUGUUCUUCGCGCCUAUUUUUGCGUCUAUCCCGCCUUGGGCUACGGGAUGUACUUUGAUUCUGGUGGGCUGUCUCAUGAUGCGCCAGGUCUUCGCCAUCAACUGGAAAUACAUCGGCGACGCCGUCCCCGCCUUCGUCACCAUCAUGUUCAUUCCCUUUGGAUACAGCGCGGCGUACGGCCUCAUUGCAGGAUUGAUGACGUAUACGGCGCUCAACGGGUCCAUUUGGGUUACCAAGAUCGUUACGAGAGGGUACCUUGUACCGGAUGAUGAAGAUAAUAGGGAGUAUUGGAGUAUCAAACCUCACGCAAAGCUACCCUGGUUUAUCACGGCGUCGCACGCUUUGGCUGCGCGACUGGGUCACGGUGCUGGGAACAAGGAGGGCGAAGACGAAAAGUCCAUUCGCAGCGAUGGGGAUUCGCGGUUCGGACGCGUCAGGAGCCCAGAGUCUAGAUCUCAGGUUUCUGAUCAUGAGCUCAGUGAGGUGGUCGUGCAUUCCCAUAAGUUCCCAAGGGCUGAUCCGGAGAUUUUGGCAUAGUGGUCGACCGGUAAGAGGCCGUUCCAAGUAUAUAGACACCUGACAAAAUGGGAAUGACAUGAAUCCUGAUGGGUAGGAUAGUCAAGGAGAAGCUAAAAUUAUAUGUAGGUAUGCGGAGUCAUUCCCAUAGCAAAAGAAUUCCUCAGGUUGCGCUGUCCGUGAACGAAAUGAUAGGAAUGGCCAGUGCGAAC